AUGGAAGAGGGUGCGACGGGUCCAACGGUGCCAGAUACCUAUAGAAGGGGAACAAAGACACAGUUCCUAAAGAACGUCCGUUUCGAGGACGAAGGAAUAGAACUUGAAGGUUUCCAAACCGUGGAAACGUUGUCAUACGUAUACCUCGGACGUCCUAUGGACAUGGGAAACAAAUUGAAGGAAGAACUGAAUAGAAGGGUGAGAGCAGCGUGGCCAGUAUUCGCACCCGUCAGGGAAGCUACGGACCACCUGACGAACCAAGAUCUUUGUGCCCAUCUGUUCGACUCGACAGUUCUUCUAGCGCUCUGUUACGCAGCGAAGACGUGGGCGGACAUCGCUGCCACGUCCAGGAAGCUAUUCACCACCCACAUAACCCUUGAGAAAUGCCUUCUGAAGGUUAACUGGCGCACACAACACCUAGCCGGCCUACGCAGCUCCGGCUUAAGAGGAAUGUCCCGUCUUCGCGACCCAGCGGAAUAUAUAUCGAAGGCAAAGCACAGAUGGGCCGGUCACAUUAGCCGCUAA